AAAUCGCGAUUUGUGGAAAUCUCAUUUUGGGUUUCUCUCCUCCAUUACAAAUUGCGAUUUGCAGGAAUCUUUUUUUAUAUUUUUAUUUAUUUAUAAAUUCCAAGGAGAGUAGAGUGUUUGGCAUGGGAGACAGAAGAGAACCCUUGUUGAAGAAGAACCAGGUCUACUAUGAGAACUGUCCAGGGUGUAAGCUGGAUCGGAUCAACGAGACUCGGACUGGAAUCCCGCUGAAAGAAUUCAUAUACGUUUGGAUUGCAGCACUCUGCUCUUCUUUGCCGGUAUCAUCGCUGUUUCCGUUCCUGUACUUCAUGAUCAGAGAUUUUCAUAUUGCCAAGGAGCAAGAUAUAGGCUUCUAUGUAGGCUGUGUAGGAGCUGCUUUUAUGCUCGGAAGAGCUUUCACUUCCGUCUUAUGGGGAGUGGUGGCGGAUCGGUACGGCCGAAAACCGGUCGUAUUGCUGGGUGUUCUUUCAGUGAUUGUUUUCAAUACACUGUUUGGCCUCAGUUUAAACUUUUGGAUGGCAAUUUCGACCAGAUUUCUGCUUGGGUGUUUCAAUGGCAUACUGGGCCCAAUAAAGGCGUACGCUUCAGAAGUGGGCCACCGAGAACAUCAAGCCCUAGGAUUGUCAAUUGUUAGCACCUCAUGGGGCAUUGGUUUGAUUAUUGGGCCAGCUAUUGGAGGUUUCUUAGCACAGCCCGCUGAGAAGUAUCCGAAUCUGUUUUCGAAGGAUUCUCUGUUUGGGAGGUUUCCGUACUUCUUACCAUGCCUUUGCAUAUCUUUCUUUGCUGUCAUUGUGUUAAUUGCUUGCUUCUGGCUUCCGGAAACAUUGCACAUGCACAGGGGGAAGAACAAAGAAGAAAAAAAUACGAAUGAGGCUCUCGAAGCCUCUUCACAUGGCAAUCGUGUGAAAGAAAGUGUCGAAGAAGGAGCAGCUGAUGGAAAAGGACCGGCUUCUAAGGAUAAAAGCCUCUUCUUGAAUUGGCCUUUAAUGUCAUCUAUCAUUGUAUACUGUGUUUUCUCACUUCAUGAUAUGGCUUACACAGAGAUAUUCUCAUUAUGGGCUGUGAGUGAUAGAAAGUAUGGAGGAUUGAGCUACUCAUCACAAGAUGUUGGCACGGUGCUCGCAUUCUCAGGCUGUGGUCUUUUACUGUUUCAACUGUUCCUAUAUCCAAUGGUUGAGAAGAUCCUUGGGCCCAUCAUGGUGUCUCGCCUUGCAGGGAUUAUAUCUAUACCGUUGCUGUCGAGUUACCCCCUGAUUGCUCUGCUCUCCGGGAUCUCUCUUUCAAUUGUUCUAAAUUUCGCUUCUCUGUUGAAAAACGUUUUCUCUGUGACUAUUGUGACCGGAAUAUUCCUCCUGCAAAACAACGCUGUGCCCCAACAUCAAAGAGGAGCUGCAAAUGGACUUUCCAUGACUAUAAUGUCCAUUUUCAAAGCAAUUGGUCCAGCUGCAGGAGGUGCUCUGUUUGCUUGGGCACAAAAGCAUCAGGACUCUAUGUUCCUCCCAGGUGAUCAGAUAGUUUUCUUUGUUUUAAAUGUGGUGAUGCUGGCUGGAGUGAUUUUGACCUUCAAACCCUUUCUAGCUCAGGCUUAGAUUACAAAAGCACCGUUCUAAUCUUGAAUUAUCGAAAUCAAAUCAAGAUUAAGGUCUUGGUACAACAAGGUUAGAUGCAAAUGCCUGAUCCAGUGGAUAACUUCCAAACAUUCAUGUGCAUGUGACAUCCAAACCAUCCAAUCAGUUUUCAACAUAAUGAAGAUCACAUAGCGUGAAAAUAAGCCACAUCCACUCAUUGAGUGUACCACACUUCUAUUUUGAUACAUAUCAAUUUUUAGACAUUUUUUUGGUGGGGCCCACUUGAAUAUCAGUGGAUGAAACUGAUCUUUACACAGAGUAAUCCACGUGGUGGAGGUAACCCAUUGGAGGAGUUGCAUGUUGCACUCAAACGAAAGAUCAAAAGUUCUGUGGUGGGUGGACGGUAAGUAAUGGUAAACCCGGCUGGACCUGAUACAUUCCCCUUUUUAUCACACUAGCAGCUUGGAAAUGUGAUUUUUCUUGGGGGUGUUAUUUUGUAUUUUAAAAAGCUGGACCAUGCAUGUAGUAUACACCAUGGAGUGGAUGGAUAUAUUUCUUAGUAUUUGAAGGUUGGAUGGCCAUUCGUUUUCUAAUGAAAGGUGAU